UUCUCGGUCUGCCGACAAACGGAGUUCCGGUUACAGGACCAAUGAUGAGUAGUUUCGAGGCCAUGGAGGCCGAGUGAGGGACUGUAGAGGAAGCUUUAUAAAACUGACGUGGUUUAGGGGUUUGAAGGAUCGCAUAGUGUUGACUGAUGAUAUUCAGAUUCAGAGGUAUGUCAAGUGUCACAUAAUGUUGUUAUUUGGGACAAUUCUGUUUGGUGACAAGUCUGGUGCAGCGGUGCAUUGGAAAUUUCUGCCUUUGCUCUGUGACUUUGCGGGGAUCAUACAGUAUAGUUGGGGUUCGGCAUGCCUCGCGCACAUGAACAGAUCAUUGUGUAGGGCAACCCGUGUCGACUGCAAGGAGAUCGAUGGUCCGCUUACACUUUUGCUUGCUUGGGCUUGGACCCGUCUCCCAUUUCUUGCCCCGAUUCCUGGCAAUCCCCGAGUGUUUCCGAUCGCAAACAGGUGGCGCAACUGGGAGCGUGAGAAUUUUGCUUACCGAUAUAAUACGCUUGCGCACUACAGGAGGUUGCUAGAUGAUUUGCAAGAAGGACAUGUAUGUUGUAAACUACUAGUAGUUGCUUUAGUUUGAUACAUGAAUUAAUUGUUGUGUAGUCAUUUGAUAGUCACGAUGUGUCCAGUUUGUGUGGCAGGCUUAUGGCAUUGACUUCAUUGAGCCGGACGUGGUUCUACUAGACAUCCGUCAACAUUCAGUUGUUUGGAGUGCAACAGUGCCGCUAAUAUCUUUCGAAUGUAUCGAGUGGCAUUCAUCCGAUCGAUUCAGGAGGCAAUUUGGUUUGAUCCAGGACGUUUCUACUCAAGAACGGGACCUAGGCACAUCACACGGGGAAGUUCUAACUGGACCUAAGAAUCAAGACUGGUCCAACACCCACUCUUUUUGGAUUAUGCAAUGGACCAAUCGGUAUAGUCAUGUUCUAGCUAAUGACUUAGUGCCCUUACAGUAUCCUUUGGAGAUUUAUAUGCAUUGGUACCGUGGAGCAUUCGGUGCCCACUUGCAGAUAUCGGACCUCGUAUUUCAAGAGGAUCCAGAGGGUCCUCCAGUUCAUAAUCAGGAGGAACACCAACAAGAACCGUCUGCACUGCCACCGCACCCGCCGUCGACACCGCCACCGCCACCGCCACCGGUCCAACAGGAGGUUCAGUGUGGUAUGGAGUAUGUGCCGCAAACACAUCCAUCAGAUUAUUUUACACAGUCAGUCCCGUUACAUCAAGAGUAUUGGAGUGGUACACAAGCUGAUGCAGGGGAACAAGCCUCAUUUAGCCAGCUGCUUGGUUUCAUGGCUCCAGGGCCAGGGUACUCACAUUCAGGAAAUGUUCAUGACAUACCCACGGACCAGUUGGCGCAUCCGACUGGGAUUACUCCACGUAGGAUGUCAUUCGAUUCGAUGCCUCAAGUUCACACUUCCUCUGAAAAUUCUGGAGCUAGAAUGUCUGUUGACUCGUCUAAGAGUACUGGUGCCACGAGAGGGAUCUUACAGAGUGGACUUGAUAGGCGUAUUUCAAUGACUCUAAUUCAGGAGACCAAUAAUGCAGUUGAUAAUGACACUGAUAAGUACCUGGUAGAUAAUCCGGAUAGUGAUGAGGAUGAGGAUGAUGACGAGGACGAAGAUGAAGACCAUGGUGGUGAUCCCGAACCUAGUACGGGUACCACUACAAGUGAAAAGGGAAAAGGCUACAACCUUAGAACCGAUCCUCCACGCAGGAGCGUUACUCGGUAUACCCCAUCCGCUUUUAACAGGGUUGCAAAGAAGUGCAAAAAGUUAUUCAAGGAUGUGAAGUCGGCAAUGAAAAAAUAAUGUUUGGUGUUGUUUACUUUGUUAAUUAGGUUAUUGUUACUAUCAUGGUUUCAAUGUCUGUAUCGAGUAUGUUAGUUAGGUUAUUGUCACUAUUAUGGUUUCAAUGUGUGUAUGGAGUA